UUACCGCUACUUGUAAAUUGUUUUCUUUUCCCUCUGAUUACUACUACUUUUUUUCUUUUCCCUCUGAUUACCGCUGUUUGUUUUCUUUUCCCUCUGAUUACUACUACUUGUUUUCUUUUCCCUCUGAUUACCGCUACUUGUUUUCUUUUCCCUCUGAUUACUACUACUUGUUUUCUUUUCCCUCUGAUUACUACUACUUGUUUUCUUUUCCCUCUGAUUACUGCUACUUGUUUUCUUUUCCCUCUGAUUACUACUACUUGUUUUCUUUUCCCUCUCAUUACUACUACUUGUUUUCUUUUCCCUCUGAUUACUACUACUUGUUUUCUUUUCCCCCUGAUUACCGCUACUUGUUUUCUUUUCCCUCUCAUUACUACUACUUGUUUUCUUUUCCCUCUGACUACCGCUACUUGUUUUCUUUUCCCUCUGAUUACCGCUGUUUGUUUUCUUUUCCCUCUGAUUACUACUACUUGUUUUCUUUUUCCCUCUGAUUACCACUACUUGUUUUCUUUUCCCUCUGAUUACCACUAUUUCUUUUCUUUUCCCUCUGAUUACCGCUACUUGUUUUCUUUUCCCUCUGAUUACUACUACUUGUUUUCUUUUCCCUCUGAUUACCGCUACUUGUUUUCUUUUCCCUCUGAUUACUACUACUUGUUUUCUUUUCCCUCUGAUUACUACUACUUGUUUUCUUUUCCCUCUGAUUACUACUACUUGUUUUCUUUUCCCUCUGAUUACUACUACUUGUUUUCUUUUUCCCCUGAUUACCGCUACUUGUUUUCUUUUCCCUCUGAUUACUACUACUUGUUUUCUUUUCCCUCUGAUUACUACUACUUGUUUUCUUUUCCCUCUGAUUACCACUACUUGUUUUCUUUUCCCUCUGAUUACUACUACUUGUUUUCUUUUCCCUCUGAUUACUACUACUUGUUUUCUUUUCCCUCUGAUUACUACUACUUGUUUUCUUUUUCCCCUGAUUACCGCUACUUGUUUUCUUUUCCCUCUGAUUACUACUACUUGUUUUCUUUUCCCUCUGACUACCGCUACUUGUUUUCUUUUCCCUCUGAUUACCGCUACUUGUUUUCUUUUCCCUCUGAUUACCGCUACUUGUUUUCUUUUCCCUCUGAUUACCGCUACUUGUUUUCUUUUCCCUCUGAUUACUACUACUUGUUUUCUUUUUCCCUCUGAUUA